AUGGCCAAACUCACUCCCGGGAAAAAGAAGUCCAAUUCCACAAAAGGAUCGCCAGCAGUUUCCCGUAUAAAAAACGACAAAGUAACCAAGUCUCCAGUUGGGUCUGCGCAGUCUACGCCUACUAGAAAAGCUCCCAAGAGUCCUAGGAAUGCGAAGAGUCCCAAGGGUCAGGAGGUAAAAACUGCACCAGUCGCCCAGAAGGAGAAAGAGGAUAAAAGCGUCAUACCGCGCGCAAGAAUAAUCGCUGCGAUCAGCGAGCUGCGCAAAUAUGCAGACAAAAAAUGCCAGACGCAAGAAGAUGAGCAGUUACUCGGAGAUGAGGAACUAGUGCAGAGCGCCCAGUUGAUCGCCGUGAACACCACUUCUUUCAGCGGCAGCAGCAAGAUUUUCAAGCCCAAACAGCUCGCAGUGCCUCACUCCCUAUACAAACCCUGGAGAAAAGCCAGUCAGACUGCGCUGCGCGAUUUUAAAGUGCUUGUUGUCUUGAAAGACGCGGACGUGAGCAAAAUCACCGAGGACGAGCUCUACGACGCUUUGGAGCCUAAGGGCGUCGCUGUCGAUGCGGUCGUUGGCGCCGGCGAUUUCAAGACCAAGUACAAGUCCUUUGAGAAACGUCGUGUGUUCUUGCAACAGUUUUCUCUUGUUUUGGCCGACGACUCCGUUAUCAGCGCAUUGCCCAAGCUCGUGGGCGGUAAGGCGUACGAAAAAACAGCCACGACGCCAGUUCCAAUCCGUACGGGCAAGAAGGGCGUUUUCUCGUCUACCACAUUGGCCAACAGCAUAGAAAAAGUGUAUCUACACCAAUUGCCCGUCAAACUGCCCCGUGGCACUACUUUGAACGCACAUCUUGGGAAUUUGGAAUGGUUCACGGCGGAAAAUUUGGCCGAAAACGUGUCUGCCAUGGCCGAACAGCUGGUCGCUCAGUUUCAGAUCCGGGCCCUGUUUUUGAAAACCAGUGGGUCUCCGGUGCUACCAUUGUACUACAACAAUGAUUUGCUCAAGGAACUAACGCAAACAGCUGCUGCUAAGGCAAAGAAGUCCGAAAAACCACAUGUGGCCCACAAAGUCACAAUUGGAGAUGUUGAAGUCGAACUCUCGCACUUUGACCGUGCAUUGAUGGAAAUUGCCAACCCAGACGAGUUAGACAAAGUUUUCGCGGGUCGUGUUGCAAACGCUAAGAAACGUGCCGCGGACGAAUCUCAAGAUCUGGAGCCAGAAACCCCAAAACGCAUCAAGGCCUGA